AUGGCCACCCUCCACGCCGAAAACAAAAACAAAAACAAAAAUAAACAAACCUCACCUCUCAAAAACGCACCCCAGCCACAAAAACGAAAAAGCAAGCACAAGAGCAGAACCACCCAACAAAUCACGAACCGCCUACCACCCAGCCGCGGUGCCGUGCGUAAGUACCUACCUAGCAUAACCACCCCCGCCGCAUCCAGCACUUCCCCCGCCCCGCACCCUGUACGCCGCACCCGUGCCACACACGCGCGCGCGCGCGCGCACAUAACAUCCUGGCUGCGCUGUGCUGUGCCGCGCCGCGCCGCGAGCCGAUCGAUCCGCGGCACAGCGGCACAGUCGGCUGCGAGCGUCGCGAGCGUAGCAAGCACCGCGAGCAACAUGAGCAACGUGGGCAACGUGAGCAUUGCAAGCAACGCGGGGAACAAGCAGCGCGCAGUGAGUAGCUUAGCAGGCCAGACGUGA